AUGGCCGGGCUGAUCGACCAGCUUGACGCCAAGAUAGCAGAAAUCCUCUCAGGAUGGAGCAUCUACACCACGCUCAUUGCGCUGUUGAUCACAGCCUUCCUGGUUGGAGCUAUCGUCUACGCAGAGGAGCCUGAUGUACAUCCAAUGCUUUUAGCUAGGGGCUCCUCGGCGUCCAUGGUCAGGCAGCCAGGAGAAUCCGCCAUAUAUCGGUCUCACGAUGCGCCGCAUGGUUAUCCAUUACGGGCUGGUCUUCAGGUCAAGUACCCGGGGGCACCCCCUUAUUCCGGCGGCAAGAACGGCGACCUACGAGACAUCUGGAGACGAGUGACAGGGGAACUACCCCUCGAACAAGGUGCAAGCGCUGGGCAGCCGGGCAAGAUAUUCACCAUCUUGGGAAAAGAACAGAUUGUCGACAACAAGAUCAGCGAUGUCACGCAAGAGAUCAUUGUCAUUGGAAGCCACUUCGUGGGCCGUGGCAGCAGGCGUGUUGUGGUUUACCUACCCAACAGCAUUGAGCUUCUUUCAACAAUCUUCGCUGGUGCAUUCUACGGCUUCACUACGAUACUCCUCCCUUACAACCAACCGCAUGCAAGAGUCGUGGAGCUGCUGCGGCAGACCAACGCCGAUGCUCUGGUUGCACAGGCAGGGUCCUUGCCUCUGGACGAGCUCAUAAAGGCAGGCGCGAGUGUAACGGAAGUGAUCUGGGUCGCCGAGAGAGCAAGCAGGCAUGUGGGCUGGGGCGAUGUUCCCGAGAGUAUAGGCAGGAAGAUCGGCGUCUCUGUAUGGCACGAGCUCGUUAAGGAGAACCGCAACUCGGCCGCGGAGCUACCGACAGUCGAAUCUGGUCAGAAGCCUGGAAACAUCGUCGCCGUCUGGCAAGGUAGGACUGGUGCAGAAAAUCAGGUCGUGGAAUUCACUCAGGGGAACAUGGUAGCAGCAGUAGCGGCGCUCAUAUACGCUCUACCCUCCACCCAACGCAUGAAUCCCUCCGACCUCUUCCUUCCCGUCGACUCACUCACACACACCUACACCCUCGCCCUCACACUAGCCGCGCUAUUCUGCCGCGCCACCGUAGCCAUCAAUUCCGUAGCGGGACCCGGCGUCCAGAUCUCUCUAGCAGCCCGAACAAUUGCCCCAACCAUCAUCGCCGCAUCCGCCGAGACAGCCGCAAAACUCCACAGCGACACCUCCACCUCAGUCGUAGGCAGCAUGAAGAAACUCGCGCACGCCCUGCAAACCAAAGCCUUGGAUGCCGGUCGGAUGCCGGUCGACAGCAUCCUCACACGCCUGAACGCGCCCACGAAAGCAAACGUAGGCGCCACGCCUGGCAAGCUGCGGCUGUUGUUUGUGUCGGAGAGGGCUGGUGCCGAUACGCCGCCGCUGAGCUCGGAGGCGUUGUCGGAUUUGCGGGUGUUUACGGGCGCGAGGGUUAUUUAUGCGCUUACGGCUGCUAGGGUUUGCGGCGCUGUUGCUCAGACGGAUGUCUAUGAUUAUCGGAGGGAGCUGGGGACGAAGCACUGCCAUUUUGGAGUGCCGUUAAGUAGUGUGGAGGUCAAGUUGAAGGAUACAGGUUCUCAUCGGACGACGGAUGAGAAGAUUGAGGGCUCAAUUGUCGUCUCUGGGCCAGCGGUUGCCGGACAGGAGGCGGAGCUGGGUAUUGUUGCGAAAUUUAGGGAUGACAACACGCUGGCCUAUGUAUGA